AUGGCUACCUCGGGUACAGGUAACAUUGUAGCUCUUCUCCAAACAAAUUCUAUAAUGAACUUCGUCAUUGUUGCCACUGCGACACUUGUUGGGUUCGACCACUUGAUAACUUUCCAGCAGGAACUGGAGCUCUUCUGGAGUAGACGGUUGAAUCUGUCUUGCAUGGUCUUCUUUUUCAAUCGCUAUGUCGCUGUCAUCUACUAUGUAGCCAUGGUCCCGAUCCGGUUCUUUCCUUCAGUAACUCAGGAGUAUGGCCCAUUUAUAUCUCAGCCGAUAGCUACUGAACUCAAGCAAUCACCAGCUGCAUUGUAA